AUGGAAAGCUACACAAAUAAUGGGCUGUCUAACCCCAAGAUCCCCACUCUUAUCCCACGCUCUUAUCAGGACUCCAGGGUAAUCAACAAUAUUGACAAUGAGGAGCUCAUACCCGCCACGGACUUUCAUGACCUACUGAGUGAUUGGGAGGUUGAGGGCGGGCUCUCCAAAGUCUCCUCAGAGACAGACAAGACUUUUUUUGAUAGAGCCGGCAGGCGCAUGGUUUACAGUCGUACUGGGAGUCAUAACUGGAAAACGUUACAGGGAAUUGAGGAUGAGUAUGUUCCAGACUUUGUGAAUUUCAACUUCCAAACGUGGAUUGACGACAAACUGGCCAACGAGGACCAUAUUCUGGAUGAGCUGCAUUCCAAGGUCCAGCCAAUCUCCAUCGAAAAACACGAAGGCGCAGCGCGUCCUACAUCCCGGAGCACAGGGUCUCCAGAACGUGAAAAAGACCGCUUGAUUCUUGCAUCUCUCCCGUCUAAUUUCCUAUCGCUUUCCUUCAGCGAGAGAAAAAGAAUUAUUAACGAGGCAUUACCUGAUUUUUUGCAAAACGACAAGGACUACAAAAAUCAUAUCACCAGAUUGAUCCGCAGAAAUUCAGUGUCCGGUGCAACAUCUCCAGCACACAGGUUCUCCAAUUCGUUCUCGUUGCACAAUUCCGUUAACAGUACUGUCACAACGCCUGACAACACUAACAAUGCAGCAACGAAAACGACGAGAUAA